UCUGCCAUGCUCAAUUUCAGCUCGAAGGAGGCGCGCCAGCUCCUGCUCAACAAGUUCGUCGUGGUCCUGGGGGACUCGAUCCAGCGGUCUGUCUACAAGGAUCUCGUUCGGGUGCUGCAGAACGACUGCCUGCUGACCGCCUCCCAGAUGAAGGCCAAGGGGGAUCUCCGCUUUGAGAACGACCACUUAGUGGAAGGGGGGGUGCUGAGCGGCCUGCACAAUGGCACCCACUAUCGCGAGGUGCGCCAGUACCGCACCUGCCACCACCUCGUCCGCUUCUACUUCCUGACCCGAGUGUACUCGCCGUACCUGGAGAGCAUCCUGGAGGAUUUCCGGACCGGAUUGCAGCCGGACCUGCUGAUCCUCAAUUCCUGCGUCUGGGACAUCUCCAGGUACGGCCCGUCCUCCAUGCAAGAGUACCGUGCAAACCUGGAGAUGGCUUUCAACCGGCUGGACGCGGCACUGUCCUCGUCCUGCCUAGUCAUCUGGAGCAUGGCGAUGCCGCUGGGCCCCAAGGUCACCGGGGGCUUCCUCACGCCGGAGCUGCAGCACCUGAGCAGGACCCUCCGCAACGACGUGAUCGAGGGUAACUUCUACAGCGCCACGCUGGCCACUUUCCACCUCUUCGACGUGCUGGACCUCCACUACCGCUUCCGCCUCGACCUGCGGAAUCGCGCCAGGGAUGGCGUCCACUGGAACAGCGUGGCGCAUCGCCGGAUCACCGACCUGCUGCUGGGCCACGUGGCGGAAGCCUGGGGCGUCGUGAUCCCGGAGAAGGCGCGGCGGUGGGCAGGCGCCGUGUGGGAUCGCGGGCCAGCCAUGCCCCUCGCCCACCGGGGGCUGCCGCCGUGGCCCCGGCCGCCUGGCCACCUCCCGGGAGGCUCGGAUCACCGCCACCCCCGCAGGCCUCUUCCUGAUGUCCCCGUGGUCCAGACCGCCUCCUUGCAGGUGCCCUGCAGCUGGAGCGCGCCCGAGCCCUUCUCCGGAUUCGCCAGCUGGUGGGAGUCCUGCUCUCCACGGGUCGACUGGGAUGCCGUGGCCUUCGACGACCCCCACCGCUGGGAGACAGCUGGCCCGCGUCCCUUCCCACCCUCCACCUGCCACAAUAAAGAAAACCGCUCCCCAGAGCCCAGCUGCGGGCGCAGGAGGCCUCACCUGGUCGUCCGGCACCGUCGCAGCUCUGCCCUCCACGUGAGAAACGACUCCCCGUAUCGGAGAGACCGUAAGUUCACCGACAAGCACUAA